UCUUUCAUCUCUAGCAUUUGCUUCGGCGCGUAGUUUUUGUUUUAUUGAAACAAGACAAUAAAAGUUUUCAGGUCAUUUGCUUAAGAAGACUGAUAUGGACUUUGACAACGCGAAAGAGAACAUUCAGCCGCUGGCCAGCGGUCGCAACGUAAGCCUUCUGCAGGCCUCUCUCAGCCAGGACUCCACCCACGGCCAGGAACUGCUGGCGCAUCGCAAGCAAAUGGAGGAAGAGGUGCACACCUACACAGGCGCUGAUCCUCUCGGUGCCUGGUACAAGCUUAUCUGCUGGAUCGAGCAGAGCUAUCCGGCGGGGGGUAGUUGCUCGGGUCUACAGACUGUCCUUCACCAGUGCCUCACCAAAUUCGAAGAGGACGAGCGCUACCGUCAGGAUAAGCGCCUCAUUAAGCUUUUCAUUAAAUUUAUGGAGAAACAGAAGGACCAGAUCGAGUUUUAUCAACAGAUGUACAACAACGGGAUCGGAACAAUGCUGGCAGAUUUCUAUAUUGCCUGGGCCUACAGCUACGACCUGAGCGGCAACAUGCGCAAGGCCGACGAGAUCUUUCGUCUAGGUCUAGAGUGUUGCGCACAGCCUCUGGAGGAGCUGAAGGAGGCCCACCAGCAUUUUGGCUAUACGGUGGGCCAACGCAUGCUCUACAGCACUGGUGAAGAGGCCAACGCAGUCAACCAGGAACUAAACGAGCGACGGUUAGCGUUGCAAUCCCUUCAUGGUCGCCGCCAACAGAUCACUAACAGUUUUACCGUGGGAAGCGUCCGUACCGGAGCGGCAGUUAAAAGCGGCCUGCCAGGCGUGGUUCAGGUCGACGCUUCAACUAGCAACAGUAGGCGCAAUAUUGGUCGGAACGUUGAGGUGUUUAAUGACGAAAAUUCUGAAGGGAAUAUCCCAGUCUCUAAUUCUGAGACGGAAGUGAAGCCCAGUCUGCGCUCCAUCAUCGACUCGGCUCGCAGUCAGGAGAAUAUAAAAGAAGCGGUGGCCUGGAAUAAGGCAAAUGCAAAACGCCACAAGCAUGGCAAAAUUUUUGGCAGUAACACAUCUCCGGAUCUGGGCUUUGAUAUACACUUGGACGAACAAGCAAUGCCACCUAUCACCAACUACGAGCACCGUCUAGAUCAACCUUUUAAAUUUCCGACAAACUUUGUGACCAAGAACAGGAUUCAGGAGCCGUGGGUGACGCCUGUUACUAUUGAGGACGAGCCAAACGCAAAUGGACUUCCUUGCUAUAAUAAGUGUCUCCUUUACCCUCGCCCCAAUCUCGAGUUCUCGCCCGAAGAGUAUCGUGCCUACUCCUAUUUGAAACACCGCAACCCACAACAUUCAUUUGUCUAUCGCAAUGAUGAGUGGUGGGGCACUGGACGGGUGAUCAGGGGAAUUCGCUGCUACCCGAAUUUCGCCAAGUGUUCUAAGCCACAAGACCUCGAUGAUCUAGACAAGUUUUGGAAACCUCCACUGGCACUUGGCCUUCAGGUCGUUUUAGACAAGAUUUACAACGAAGUUGAGCAAAAGGAGUAUCAGCUAGAGGAGUUGUUAGCAUCAAAAUGGUUACAAAAACGAAAUGUGACAGUUCAUGGCGACUUUGACAUGGAAGAAACAGUUUGCUUGCCAGGGAACAAGAUGCCACGUCGCAAGAGUUUCUUUCCCUCUUCGUCCAGAAAAUCUAUCAUGCCACGUAGUAUUUCGUCUGUACGGGAGGAGAUUGAAAAAGAGAAGGUUGAAGUCACGUUGGGUGUAAAAGAUAUAGCUUCGCAGCUGUCACCUAAGAUACCUAAAUCGCCUUCUAAUCUAAAGGCAGAGCCAAAUCUUAAUAUAUUUGAGGAAUCCGCAUCUCCACAUGACCAUUUUGCUGUACCGGCCGUUCCUGUUCCAAAAGUAGAGAUUUAUGAAGACUCGGAAGAGCCGCAGCCAACGCCAAAAACAAGGCAUUUGAAUUCUGAACCGUUUUAUGACGAAGAUGAGACAUGCUCCACCCAAAUGUUCAACAUGUUCAUAAAGUCGCAGGCAGUAAGCACUCCAAAGGGCACACAGAAGCAAGCGCCGUCACGUCAAUUUGGAACUGUUCUAAAAGAGCUACCGCUACCGGAGGACCCUGUCCAUGCUGUUGAUUCUCCAGUGGAUACACGUUCUCCGACAUUGCGAAAGCAACUAUCUACCAUAUUAGAGACCUCUGAGCACGGAACACAAAGCUUGGCGACUAGCGGAGCCACUACUAAAUCGACUAUAACCUCCUCGUCUUCGCCCGGAUCAAACGCUGUUUCUAAACUUGGCAGCAAGAUUGAAGAGAGCACUCCUAGUCAAAUGCGUAUGCAGCAUUUGAUUAGUGUUGGUAUUGCAGAUCCGGAAAAACAGGGCGGUGACAACUUGUUGCGCCGUGAGUUAUGGGAACCUAAUGCGCCUAGCGUGCCUACGCUUAAGUCCCUGCGCUUCCAAGAGGAUAAGACAGAAACUACUCCCAGACCUCUGUCUUGCUUUCAGGAAGAUAAAACUGAAACACUGCCACAAAUGCCCACCGCACAACCGGAGGAGUCUAUGCAGAAUGGCUCGUUGGAUGCUGGAAAUUGCUUUUCCUCACCACAACUUCCCACUUUGGAUGAUGAAAGCGAUUUGUGUGGAUUGUUUGGAAAGACACCGCCGAAGAUAAAUAUUUUUGGCUCUCCAAAGCGCAAUUUCGAUCCAACUUCACAGGUCUUUAAAUCGACACAGGACGAACUGAGCUCCUUUGCAGUGCUUGGCAACAAGCUGGAAACUGCGCCCAGCAUCUGCAAGCUUCAGGAUUCCUUUAUGACCAACAUUUCCUUUGUGCCCGAUACGCAGCCUGAAACUUUAGCGAUGCAGAAGUUUGAUAUCUUUCUCGACGAGACACAGCCUAAGGUCACUAAGUCAAAACCAGCAGCUUCAAUUGGCUCCAACUUAGCCUUAGACUGCACGCUGCCGGAAACGCAGCAGCUGGCAAUUAGGGAGAUAGGGAACCAACAGGAAAAUAUUGGGCAGUCCCAUAUGAUUGCCUCGUUUAUGAAAGAUUGCACAGAAAUAGGCAGCUGUCCUUCACAGUUGCCAACUUCUUUUGUCAAAACAAAUACCGUAAGCACAUCGAACGGAUCGUUUAUGAAAGUUCCUGUGAAUGAAAAUUUUGGUGGUUCGAAACCACCAGACGAAUUUUAUGAGUUUAACGCAGCUACUGAAAUGUUUGCAACUAAUAUUAGUAUGAUAAAAAAUUCCACACUGCUGCUCCCUAAAGCAAAAGAAGCAGAGGAGUCGGAAUUAAGCAUUUACUAUAAGAAAACACCACUGACGCCGAAGCAAUCUCAUCGUUCCUGGUCGCAAUCUGAUUUAGAAACUCCACCAAAGGAAAAGUUUGUUCACCCCACCUCAAAUGGAGAUCAAACUCUUUUGAACGAAACGGUAGCAGACGCUUAUAAAAACCCUUUCAACGUGGAACUGAUCAGCUCGCUGCUCGAAUCAAUUGACUUUUCCAUGUACAUCGAAAAGCUGCCCCAUUGUCAACUGGUUGGCCACGUUAAGCGUCUACAUCCUAACACCCACCUGGAAGUGCACAACGAAAAGUUUGAGGUGUCGAAAAUUAUAGGAAAGGGGGCUUAUGGCUCAGUUUAUCUAGGAAAGCAUCUGAAAUCUGGCAAGAAGGUGGCGCUCAAGCAGGAACGGCCAACAAACUACUGGGAAUUCUAUAUUUGCCUAGAGAUUCACAGCCGGUUAACUAGUGAGCAAAUGAUUCCAUCAUAUGCACAUAUUGACUAUGCACUGGUAGGAAACAAUUCCAGUGUAUAUAUCUCGGAGUUUUCAGACUAUGGUUCUCUGAUCGGUGUAUGCAACAAGGUUAAGAGUAUCACCAACAGGAAUCUAGAUGAGUAUGUGGUAAUGCAUCUGAGUUGCCAAAUGCUCGAUAUUGUGGAUCAUCUGCACGCCAUGGGUAUAAUUCACGCCGACAUCAAGCCGGAUAACUUUCUACUUAUGAAACCGAUAUGUGCGGAUCCCAACGAAGUUAGCCUGCAGCUUAUUGAUUUCGGUGUGUCUAUUGACAUGAAGCUGUUUCCGGACAACCAGACAUUUAAUUAUGUUCAUCAUGAUGACCUGUUCAAGUGCAUUGAGAUGAGAACGCAUCGCCCAUGGACUUACCAACUAGAUUUAUUUGGUCUGGUAAGCGUUAUGCAUGUGUUGCUAUUCGGCCGCUAUAUGGAAAUAGUGCAACGAGCUCCGAGCACCAUUUGGAUGCCGAAAACAAACGUGCCACGCUACUUUCAGCGGAUAAUGUGGGAAAACAUCUUCCGGACUCUGCUUAACAUUAGAGAUUGUCGCACUAUGCCCAAUCUGCAGCAACUGCGUGCGCAGCUAAAAUGUGCUCUGGCCGAAAAGGAAAAAUAUGUCAGCGAGGCCAUUAACAAGUUUAACACGAUAUUACAGAAAUAGCUGCCUUCUUGUCGAAA